AUGACGAUAGUCAACGAGAGCGAGUCUCAACUUCGACGUGAACGCGAUGCUGCUCUCAUUACCGUUGGGGAACAGAAAACGAAACUGAACGAUCUGUACGUCAAAAUCGGACGGCUGUGGGAGAAAAACGAUGCCCUCAAAGAGAACAUCACGGCAUUGAAGGAUCAAGAGGACAAGAAUGAAGAGCUUUGCGAGACAUGCAAGGCGAAAGAGACUGAGAUCGCUGAACUUCAAGAGCAACUUGGCCCUGCAGGUGAGUUAUCCGAAGAGGACAAAAACGUUGGUUCUUGA